CACCGCGCUGCAAGAAGCGUUGCCACCUCGAAAAUUUGAAUUCAUCAUGAACGAAGAAGCAGAACUCCAGGCCAGGAUCGCUGCGCUGAGCGGACAGAUCAACCAGCGCAAACAACAGCCAUUUGGUCAUCCUCGCGAUGCCAGAUGGGCCCCGUACGCGCGCCGCGGCCGUGGAGGCCACCAGCCACCUCACAAGAAUCGCACUCUCGUUCUCAACACUCCCGUACCGCAAGAUGCUGGAAUGAAGGCCGAGCCUGGAGUGAUUGCAGCACCUGCGCCCGUAGCUCCAUCUCCAGCCAAGGACGCCUUUGUCAGCACUCGCGGCUCGAGGAUGAAUCAAUUGAUGACGAAAGAGACCUUCGCCCGUGAGCAAAAGCAACGAAUCGAGCAGCUGGAGCAACAGCGCGCCGCAAAGCGGCCCCGAGGACCCCCCAGCGCACCUGUCAAUAUGGCAUCCACCGCACGUCAACCAUUACGCGAAGUCGAGAUCGAGGGGAUUCGAUUCCAUCUCAAGGAAGACGGAAGCAAGCUUAUCAGAAUUCGCGGUCAGUCUCAUCCGAGACCUAGCUUUUGGACCGGACUAAACAAGACAGAUACGGCACAUGAUCCCAAGGAGACCCCGAAGAAAGCGAAGAUUGCAGAUGUCGAAUUCUACCGUACCAAGAACGGUAACCUCGUGCGCAUGAUGGCACAGAACCAGAACGGCACCCAGAGGUAUGUUCUGAUCGCGCGAAAGCACGCCGGUAAGCGCCCUCGGUAUUGUGCUAAUCAUGAUUUAGGUACCUGCAUUUUCGGCCCCUCGUGCAAAUUCACCCACAAUCCCGAAAAAGUUGCCAUCUGCAAAGAGCUCAUGCGCUCUGGUUCUUGCAAAGCUGGUGAGACAUGCGACAUGUCCCACGAACUGACCUAUCACCGCGUGCCCGCGUGCACGCACUUUCAACGUGGCAACUGCACCAACGAUGCAUGCCGCUAUCCCCAUGUUCACGUCUCUCCCACCGCACGUGUUUGCCGUCCCUUCGCCACUCUUGGCUAUUGCGCCAAGGGACCUGAUUGUGACGAUCGUCAUGUCUUUGAGUGUCCUGAUUACGCCAGCACUGGCCAUUGUGCAAACCACGAAAAGGGAGCCUGCGCACUCCAGCACGUCGACCGUGCCGGCGCGUUGCGCAAGGCCGCCAGGAAGCAAGCCAAGCACGGCUCUGAAGAUGAAUCCGACAUAUCCAGCGACGAAGAUGAAGGACAGGGAAAGAAAGAAGCGAACGGAAGAGAAGCGACUGUCGACAGUGACUCCGAUAUCGACACCGAUAUAGAGAUGGGAUCGGAUGAAGACAGCCAUGUGCUUGCUCAGCAGCAGGAUUUCGUCUCCUUCGCCUAG